AUGCUCAAAUACAUAAUCUCAUUCAUCCAAAGAAAAUGGGGAAUCCAGAAGGAGGUAUACACACCAAAUUUCAAGAAAGCCUUUGAGCAUUUCUGUAUACAUGCUGGAGGAAGGGCGAUAAUUGAAGGAGUGGAGAAGCUUCUGAAGCUGGGCAAAGAAGAUGGAGAAGCGUCGAGAACAACAUUGUAUCGUUAUGGGAACAUAUCUUCGUCUUCACUGUGGUAUGAGCUGCAAUACCUGGAGGCGAAAGCUAGGAUGAAAAAGGGCGAUAGAGUAUGGCAGAUUGGGUUUGGAAGUGGCUUUAAGGCUAACAGUGCAGUGUGGAAAUGCAUAUCGGAGAUCAAUUCAAAAGACCCCAAUGCAUGGUCUGAUCGAAUUCAUUUGUAUCCGGUCUGUGGAGAUGCUUCAAGUGCAACGUUGAGGACAAAGCUCCUUUCUUGA